AUGUUUGGUGAGGGCGAGGAUGCUCUCAAACCCGCCGCCUCACAAGCCUCUGGAUCAUGGGAGCACGUCCCUGAGGACCUCAGUAGCCUCAUUGUUGACCUUGAAGACCAGGGUCAAGAGCCCGACGGACAUUCUCCCAAGCCAUCAUCUGUCGCUGAUGAUACGCCCAUCGAUGCAGACGAUGAGUUCGACGGCGAUGCAGACCUCAGAGGCUUCAGAUUGAAAUGGUCCAAGAAGAGACGGACAGCACAGGAACCUGUCGACAAGGAUAGAUUUGGAAAUGAUGGCUGUUUGUCUUCAUCACCUUCAUCAACACUCCCUGCAGUCAGCUCAAAUGUGGACGAUGCCUUGUCAUUGGCCUCGGCGAUGGCAGAUCGAAUUGUGGCCUCAAGUAUUGUUCUGCCUUGGGAGAGUGAGCUGAUGAGUCCAAUCUUUGGAAGUGUUGUUGGGCAACCUAAGUUGGCGAUGCCUGCAAACUGGAGUGUUUCUUUUGACAACCCUUUGCAACACCCCAUCCCUGAAGUGAUUCCUCAGGUCGAGACUCAAGCGGACUUUAGUGUACUGAGGUGCGUUCGGAAUGCAGCGGACUUAGAUUUCUUGCAGGCCAGAGCAAAGACGAUGAAGUCAGCGCUGGCCAAGUUGCGCUGCGUUCUGGAGAUUGACUGGUCUGCGAGUGAAGUUGGGCGACAGUGCAUUGACGGUGGGGGCCAGCUUCGAUCUGACUGUGACGAUGUGAUCAAUUCCAUCAUUGGGACGAAGUCCCCUUCAACGAUUGUGAAGCGGCGCAAUGCAAUUUUUGCUUUCCAAAGAUGGCUGGCCAGCUUUAGUGAUGAGCCGGCCUUCCCUUUGCAAGGAAGUUUGGUUUGGGACUAUUUCGUGCAACUCAAAAAUGAGGGAGCGGCCCCCACCAGAGCAACUUCAUUUGUGCAAGCCCUCAGGUUCUGUCUUCAUGUGCUGCAGGUCGACGGAGCGCAGGAGUGUGUGGCAAGUCGCAGGCUGAUUGGCCAGUCGGAACUGCAGGCUGCGAUGAAGAGACCCACGCAACAAGCUCGGCCCUUGACCGUCGAGGAGGUGCAGAAGUUAUCCCGCAUCAUGUCUGAUGCAAAGCGGCCUCUUCAUGAACGAGUGAUUUGCAGCCAUUUAGUUCUGAUGGUGUAUACACGGAGCCGAAACAGUGACUCUGCGUUUGCACACGAUAUCUCACAUGAUCACUCCGAGCGAGGGUCUCCGGAGAGUUUUGGUGGGUUCAUCCAAUUCACAACCAGGUACCACAAGGCGGCCAGAUCUGUCGAGGCGAAAUCGAUGCUCAUGCCAAUCAUUGCAUGUGGAGAGUCGGUAGGGCCUGAGCCUUGGCUGGACAUGUGGCUGACGCUGCGAAAGAAGUCGAAAUUGCCAACGUCUGGAAUCAUUGACGGAGCGGUCAUGCCGGCACCUGACCUAGUGAAACCUGACCGUUGGGCAAAGAGGCAUUUGUCGUGCGCAGAGACAACAAAAAUUCUCAGGACAUUGCUAAACUGCAAUGACCAUGAUUUGAGGUCGCACUCGUUGAAGAGGACGGCUUUGAGCUGGGCAGCCAAGGCUGGUGUCAACAGAGAUCAUCGCAGAUUGCUGGGGCGCCAUGCUAGUGCCGUUCAGGACUCAGACAGCAUCUAUGCCACCGACCUGAUGGUUGAGCCGGUCAGGUCACUUGGGAAAGUCAUUCGGAUGAUCCGCAAUGAGGAGUUCUGUCCAGACAAAGGAAGAUCAGAUUUCUUUGCAGCAAGAUCAUCGGAUUUGUCAGGAGCACCGAUCUUCCAGCCAUCAACACCAGGAUUUCUGCGUGCUCCACCUACACCUGCAGUUGUCACGGCAGAGCGCGAGGAGACAGGACCAGAUACAGAUGUCAAGCAGGAGGUCGUGCCUGCUGACCUCCUGAACGAAGAGAUCGACCUUGUUUCAUCAAGCUCGGAGACUUCCACCGAAGGGUUGUGCGCCAUGAGCUUAGUUGCCAUGACCUCGAUCGUCGAGUCGGAAGCUCACUUCCGAAAACGGUUGUUUCAGCGACUCCGUGCGCCUUUGCAGCUCACCUCCAAUCCGGUCCAGACACUGGAUAAGGGAUCUAAGCUUCUAGCUAUCCUACCUGGAGCCGUUCUUGAUCAGCGGGGGGAGGACGACCCGCCUCCAGCUGUUUUGUCGCUUGGUGACAAUAGUGAGGAUAGCGCAACUCAGCUAUGGGGCAUCCCUUGGACGCCAGAGGAGUUCUUUGAGGAAGCCGUGAAAGCAGGGCACCCCAAGGCCAUGGGAAGCUUUCUUCCAAAGAGAUUGGAGGUCAUGAUUGAUCAACAGUCAUUCAUGAGUGCGGAACAGCGCAACCGCAUGAGGCUUGAGAAGUUGGCGUUUUUCUUGAAGAGGGCACAUCAGCUACGUUCCCAGGAAGCCGACUUCAAACAGACCUUGCACCCCGACGUGAGGAAGAUCCUCAAGUCGAAACGCAUCCUGCUUUGGCAAGAAAUGCUACAAUCCAUAAACUAUGAGGACAUGGGUGUAGUGACAGAAUUCUACACUGGCACUCAGCUUGUUGGAGAAGCCGAACGAACAUCCCUUUGGCCUUUCAAAUUUACUCCGGCAUCUAUGACACCGCAUGAUCUGUCCCAGGUGUCGGAAAGCCAGAGACCUCUCAUCACCUAUGAGGCAUUCAGCUUCAUGGACCAAGAUGUGAUUAGUUCGGCGUGGGAGCAAACCUUGGCUGAGCGCGAUGCUGGUGAGAGUCAAGGGAUUGCCCACAGUUUGUGGGCGAUCUUGGUCUCUGUUUUUGGCGUGUGCAUUUCAAACUAUUUCGAUGAUUUUAUUGCAUUGGCAGAACGACCUGAAGUCGAGCCAGUUACAUCCGCUGUGACAAUGACGUUCAAGACGCUUGGAUGGGACUUUGCGGAGACGGGUGACAAAGCUCCCCCAUUUGGGAGCCUAGUCACCGCCCUUGGAGUUCAGCUCGAUGUCGCUUGCAUGCACAAUGGUCGUGUUUUGAUCGACAACACUAAAAGUCGUAAGACAGAGUUGAUCCAUGUGCUUGAACAUGUCCUGGAACACGGUACUCUCAACAGACAAGACGCUUUGAGGCUGAGAGGCCGCCUACAAUUCGUGUCAGGACAAAUUUAUGGGCGCAUAGCAAAGAAAGCACUUGCGAUUAUCACUCAACAUGCCUAUGGUAAUGGUGGUACAGAGCUGUCCCACGACUCGGUGCAUGCCCUACAACUUUUUGUGCGACUCCUACAGAUCGAUGUGCCCCGAGAGAUUUCUGUUGCACAGCAGGCUCUGUUUUUCCUGUUUACGGAUACCUCGUAUGAACAGAAAGAUGGCUCCCCCAUAGCUGGCUUAGGAGCUGUACUGGCUGACCAGUAUGGAAAGAAGCUAAGUUUCUUCUCGACGACACUGACAUCAGCGCAGCUAGAGAAGGUGAACCCCGCUGGACGCAAGACAGUGAUCUUUGAAUGUGAGCUUCUCUCCAUUUUUGUUGCAAUGUUUACUUGGAAGCAAGUCCUGGAAAACAGCCAAGUUGUUGUCUACACCGACAAUGAAG